AUGGAAAAAGAGUAUAUUGAUAAGGAAGAAUUUGCGGAAAUAAAAGAAAAGGCCUUGAUUAUUGAUGUUCGCGAUAAAUUAGAACACCAAACCCUUGAAACUUUUCCGAACAGUAUUAAUAUAACUUAUGAAGACUUAAUUAAUGAGCCAGCCAAAUAUGUUCCUGAUAAAAAUAAACUAAUUAUUGUUUACUGCAAUUUUGGUCAUCGUUCUAGUAAAGCAGUGUGCUUUUUAAGAAGUCAGGGUUAUUCGCGGGCUUUGAGGAAUAUUUGA